GUCCCCUUCUGCCUCGCAGCCGACUCGCCGCGCGCGGUUCUCCCCUGCAAGCUCCCCUUUGCCGCCGUCCCGGAGCUCCCAUCCGCCCCUGCGCUCCUCGAUCUCCACCACUUCAUGCCCUCGCUAGAAUGGACGCUCCGCUGCUCCCGCUCGCUGGCUCCUCCGUGCGUCGCCUCCUUCGCCCGGAUCGACGCGUCGUCGCCAGGUCAACGCGCCACCGCUCCCGCAGCCCGGCCGGCUCCUCCCCGCGCCGUAUCCUUCGCCCGAAUCGACGCGCCACCGCUCCCGCCCGCCGGCUCCUCCCCCUGGCGUCUCGUUAGCCGAAUCGACGCGCUGCCGCUAUCUAAGGAAUUUGCCGCCGCUCGGGUCCAUGCUUCGGCUCCUCACGUGACGCCGGGAUCCGCUGCUGGAGCGGGGCCAUCCUGGGCACCGCCUUGGGGCCGGAGCUAGGGUGGUGGCCCUUGCUAGUGCCGCGGCAGUGACGGCGAGGAGGGCGACGAUGGAGGUGCGCAUUGCCGUGGAAGCCGCCAUGGGAGCCAGAGAAAGCUAAUCUGCCAAACGGCGAGAUUUUUUAGGCUCCGAGCUUCUCCACUAAAUUAGCGGCUGCUGCGCUUCUUCCUAAUUCUAUGGAGACGCAUGAGAAUUACGAAGAAGCGCAGCAGCCGCUAACUACGAGAGGCAACUUCACUCAACGUACUCAAAAGGGAAAGCCCGCUAAUUACCAGAGGCAACUUCACUCAACGUACUCAAAAGGGAAAGCCCCAUACUAUAAGAAGCAAGAGUCCUGUCCAUCCCUUUCAGAGUUCAGGCCCAAAGGCCUUCGGGGUGGUGGUUGGUUACAUUAGCAGCUGAGAUGGCUGAUGACGAUCUGGCAGCAGCAGCUGCUACUGGACUGCACAUCCUGGAGGGUUCCAUCCGUCCGAUCAAGCUCAGUGUCGCAAGCAAUGAGGAAAUCCUCAAGGCGCAGCCGGUGGACGCAUUAGGGAAGCCCUUCCCUAUCACGCAAUGCAGCCAGCUCCAGGACAAUCCCUCGCUGGGGCUGCCUCUGCAGGUCGGCAGCUUCGAGUCAUGUGGCGCCACCCAAAUCGACAAAUGCGAAGGCCAUUUCGGCUUCAUCGAGCUACCCGCACCCAUUUACCACCCUAGCCACGUCGCCGAACUGGGGAAGAUACUCAACAUCAUCUGCCUCUGCUGCCUCCGCCUUAAGAAACCCAAUAAGGGCACUGGGAAGGAAAGGAAAUUCACUUCAUGUUCCUAUUGUCAUGAUAUCCCACCAUUGUGUGUCACUCAAGUCAAGAAAUCCAAUGGUGCCCGUAGCUUGGAACUGAAAGCACCAUUAAAGGAAGUGGUUGGCGAUGGAUUUUGGAGCUUCCUUGAUCAGUUUGGCUUCCACACGAGGGGGACAUGUCACCGCCGUCCCUUACACCCAAAAGAGUUCUUCUGUUUCUCAGGUUCAGAACGUAAUGCGAGGAAAAAUCUCCGAGUGCUACAAACAAUUUGGCGUUGCUUGCGCCCACUCUACUGGCUAGUGACUUCAGUGCAUACCUGCAUGGCUCCAAGGACCGUGUCUAAAUGAAGAUUUUGGGAAGAAGCAAGCAUGGUAGGAGCUAACAGUGAAGGGGGCCGAGUACUGAAUGAUUUGAGUUCUGCAACACAUCAUGGGCUAUGGAUUAAGUUGCUUGGUUGUUCUUACCUUUCGUGAGACAAGAGAUUAUGUUAAAUUUGUUUAUUUAGCUAGAAGACUAUCCUCAGGGUUUAUUAGCAAUAAACUAAGCAUGGUGGCUUCAUCUU